GGGGCGGACGAGGCGCCAUGGCUCCCCCCAGGAGAGGUGAGCUGAGCCCGGCGGAGAAGGAGCUGCUGGCGGUGAUUGCCCGAGGAAACACUGAAGAAGCUGGAAGGCUCUUGGGCAGCAAGAAUGUCCGUGUCAAUUGCUUGGAUGAGCAUGGCAUGACCCCUUUAAUGCAUGCAGCAUACAAAGCGAAAGCUGACAUGUGCAGGUUGCUCUUGCGGUAUGGAGCGGAUGUUAACUGCAAUGAACACGAGCAUGGAUAUACUGCCUUGAUGUUUGCUGGACUCUCAGGCAGCAAAGAAAUCACCUGGAUGAUGUUAGAGGCUGGAGCAGAGACUGAUGCUGUCAACUCUGUGGGAAGGACAGCAGCUCAGAUGGCUGCCUUUGUGGGUCAACAUGAUUGCGUGACCAUCAUCAACAACUUCUUUCCACGGGAAAGGCUAGACUACUACACUAAACCACAAGGACUAGAUAAAGAACCAAAACUGCCAGUGAAGUUAGCUGGGCCUCUUCACAAAAUUAUUACUACUACAAACUUGCAUCCUGUUAAGAUUGUGCUGCUGGUCAAAGAGAACCCCCUAUUGGCAGAAGUAGAAGCACUGCUGAAAUGCUACAGGGUGUUGGACCUGAUUUGUGAGAAAUGCAUGAAGCAAAGAGAUAUGAAUGAAGUACUGGCUAUUAAAAUGCACUAUAUGAGUUGCAUCUUCCAGAAAUGUAUUAAUUUUCUCAAAGAGCGAGAGGAUAAACUGAAUCUUAUAAUAAAGUCUCUUGCCUCAGUUGGAGUAAUCUGUUUUGGGUCUAAGAUACUUUUAUCAAACUUGUAA